ACACGGAAUAUGGCGGCCAGCUCAGAUCGGAAUCCUCCUCCUUUCCCUGCCUCAGAGGAGCCCGGAGCUGGACCGUUGGACAUGGCAGACGGAGACAGCGACGAGGGAGAGGAUAUCUUCGUCAGUAAUAGUAACCCUGUGCCUGUGAGUCGAGGAGUUUCUCAGCCUGACUGUGCAGACGACGAGCCAUCAGACAUUUUCAGUGAGGAGAAGGUCAGCAGCACAACGGCCAAAUCCAACGGAGUUCACUCUGACGACGACAACGACCUGUUUGCUGAGGCCCAUGCUGAGUUAAGCACAGACAAGCACGCCAGCUCUGCUCGGAAGGAGCUCUCCACCUCCUCGUUCUCUCAGAGCCCUGCAGCCCUGCAGCCCACCUCAUUGGAGCAGCUGGAGGAGGAUGAGGCCAGGGACAGUUUUGAUGUGGAUGUUGCCGUCACAAACCCAGAGAAAGUUGGAGAUGGGAUGAAUGCAUAUGUUGCCUACAAAGUCUCCACCAGGACGUCCCUGACCAUGUUCAGGAGCAAAACCUUCUCUGUAAGGAGGCGUUACAGUGACUUCCUGGGUCUGUAUGAAAAGCUGUCGGUAAAGCAGUCACUCCAUGGCUGCAUCAUCCCACCACCGCCUGAGAAAAGUGUUGUAGGAAUGACCAAAGUGAAGGUUGGAAUGGAUGACCCUUCAUCUGUAGAGUUUGUGGAGAGAAGGCGAGCAGCUCUGGAAAGGUAUCUUCAGAGAGUCGUCUCCCAUCCUUUGUUACUGCAGGAUCCUGACGUGCGUGAGUUCUUGGAGAGGGAUGAUCUUCCUAGAGCGGUGAACACUCAGGCCCUGAGUGGAGCUGGCUUCCUCAAAAUGAUCAAUAAGGCAUCAGAUGCUGUCAACAAGAUGACCAUCAAGAUGAAUGAGUCUGAUACUUGGUUUGAGGACAAGUUCCAGGAGGUGGACAACGAGGAGCAGCAGUUACGGAAGCUUCACGCUGUGGUCGACUCCCUCGUCAAUCACAGGAAGGAGUUGUGUGGGAACACAGCAGUGUUUGCCAAAAGUAUGGCCAUGUUGGGAAACUCUGAGGACAACACGGCCCUGUCCCGGGCCCUGUCCCAGCUGGCAGAGGUGGAGGACAAGAUGGAGCAGCUGCAUCAGGAGCAGGCAGCGAGUGACUUCUUCAUCUUUGAAGAGCUGCUGGCCGACUACAUCCGCCUGCUGGGUGCUAUAAGGGGGUGUUUUGACCAGCGCAUUCGGGCGUGGCAGCGAUGGCAGGAGGCUCAGAGCACACUCCAGAAGAAGAGAGAGGCUGAAGCCAAGCUGCUGUGGGCAAACAAGCCAGACAAACUGCAGCAGGCCAAAGAAGAGAUCUCUGAGUGGGAGGGGAAGGUCACUCAGUACGAGAGAGAUUUCGACAGGAUUGGCAUGACCUUACGCAAGGAGGUUCUCAGAUUUGAGAAAGAAAAAUCCAAGGACUUCAAGAGCCAGAUAAUCAAAUAUUUGGAGGCAAUGCUGCAGUCUCAACAACGGCUCAUAAAGUUCUGGGAGGCGUUCCUGCCUGAGGCAAAAGCAAUAGCUUAAUGGAGAGGGAGACUUUUUGUGAAGACCCCAACUGCCUUUUUCGAACACUUUACCUCUUGACCAGAACUGAGAGGACAAUUUUGAAACACACGACAAACUUCCAUCCAUUUUUUGACUUUCUAAUCAUAGUGUAUUCUCUUAACUUGUACAGGUCUUUGAUAAAAUAAGCUGCAGCAAACACGCAUUACUUUGGCAUUAUUCUUUGUUUGUAUUCUUGACUUAAAGAUGGGGUGAAGCAAGAAUCCAACAGGGAUUAACCCGCCCAUAGAAUUUCAAGAGCCCACUGUAUCUGUCAGUGGGACAUAUUUAUGUCUCUUGCUUAAACCAGUAUAUUAACACUGAGGUACUGCCCUUGAUAACAUUGUCUAUAGUUUACAUUAGAAGAUAUGUAAGUCAUUCCAGUCUAUUAACAGCUCAUGUGGAUGGAUGCAUGAUGGAAGAUUUUUUGAAGCACUAAACUGUAUUUCACAGUUGAAAAGCUGUUUUUUAGUAAGAUACCACUAUUGAUGACUGAGCUCAUUUACCAGGAGUAUUAGCACAUUAUUACAGUAUAUAACACAAUGCAUUAUAGGUCAUAUAAGUCAUUAAAAUAAAGAUUUGACAGGUUUAAAGGCUUGUCAGAGAUGUUACAAAUGACAACAGAAAUGUGAUGUUACAGUGAGUGCAGGGUGAGAAAUGCAAUCACUACUAUGUAUUUUCUACGAUGUAUUUGUUAGAAUCCUGUUUAUUAUAUGAAUUGAUUUCUUCUGCAUAAAAAAUUUUGAAGUAUAUAAAAUUCUUGUAAAUGAAAAUGAGUUUAAAGGAACUCAUUUGGAACUGUUGCAGCGAUUGUUUACUGCCCCUGUACAUGAAUGUGGAUGAGAUAUAAACAAACAUGUACAAUACUUGAAUGGAAUCAUAAAAAUGUUGACUGAAAUUAAUAGUAGCAGCCAUUUUUUUAGUAAAACUGGUUUGAAGAUGACAGAAAGGCACAUGCGUUUAAGUGAUAUGGUCCCUUAUUUUCUUAUUCUGCAUUUGUAAGUGUAGUUUUUCUGUCAUGUCUUAUUUACGUAAGAAUGUGCUUUAUUUUUGUAACCACUGCAUCAGCACACACAUUUUCCUGGAAAUGUUAUACAGGUAGAUGUAAAAGAAAAUAAAUAGGAUUGGUUAAGCUUU